AUGGACGAGCUGACGGUUACGUUGGCUUGGAAUCCACAGGAGAACUGCCCGAGCAGCCAGGACCUGCGACGACAGGCCGGACGCCAGAAUGUGAACAUAAUGCUCACCGAUGAUUUCGGGCCAGAAGUCCGAGUGGAAUAUAUUUACGAUGCUUAUGGAUGUGAACAAAGCUUUACUCUUUGCAAAGCUUGUAACCUCAGCUACUGGUGCCGGUCGUGCCGAAGUUGUCAUGGAUGCUAUGAUGCUAAAACUAGAUGCACAGCAACAUGUCGCCAUCAAGAUGGGAAAGUUUGUAUCGUCGCCAAACGAUCAUUCGACACGAAGAAGCAGCAGUUCGACUUCGUCAACCGGUUCACGAGGACGUUCCCGGACUUUUGGAGCUACACACUGUCGGCACAUGACCGAAAGGUAGCCCGUCACGCGAAAAAGCUCGACUUCGUCCACGGCCCCUUCCGAUAUUACAUGGACAACUGGGUGGCCGAGUUUGAGAACGAGGACAACCGGCCUAGCGAGAUGGACAUGGAGGAGCAGUGGGGGUUGGAUGUCAUUCCGACACCAGCUUUUGCCAGCGUGGCGCUGACCGGCUAUGAAGGCGAAGACCCAGCUGAUUACGCGAGCUUCUGGAGACCGCUAAGAAAUUUCCCGUUCCUCGAGUUUACGAUCCCCGACCGAGAAAAUGAGUGCUGGGUGGCGAUGUGGGACGAGUACGACGUUUUUGAGCAGGCGCUGAUUCAUUGCCCUCCCGAGGUUGAACAAAAACGGAUAAUCAUCGCCGAGCAGCCGGAUCAUCACGACGUUUUCGCCGAUGGUGUCGAAUUCGAAGCUCACGUCAAAGAUAUGCUCGAAACAUUAGCGCCCAGAAUUCGUGCUCAAACUCAAGCCUAUCGAGCAGUUAGCACUCGGACUGGCGUUGAGGGGCCUACAUCGGCGAUUGCCUCCCGCCUCAAGAAACGCCGCUGCAUCAUCAUCCUCCAGAAUCAAGGAAUCGAAGAGGCUCAGGCGGAGAUUGAGCGCCACCUCGGGAAAGGAUACAUUUUAGCGGAUUCCUGGCAAACCUAUGAGGCCUAUAUGGCCGAGAACUUUACAUUGAGGGAUCGU